CACCCUCGCCAGUGGUCUAGUGAGUAGCUCUGAACAAUGAUGUCAAUGGUGUUGAGGUGUUUGGAUGUCAAAUGUCAGUUGAAAGGUAAGGUGUCUGGUGUAUACAGGAUCUUUCAUAUAACCUACCUCCACAAACUACACCCACAAGGGGCUAAACAGACUAAACUCACUUUUGUGUAAGACCUGACAUGGCUGCUCCCUUUUGUUAGACACUUCCUUUCUCCAAAUAGAGAAAUAGGGCCUGGCAUACUGUAACCCUUAACUGCUAACGUUUUAAUUUCUCUUUUACAAGUUGUGCUAUGAAAACUCUCCUCCACCUGAAAAAGGUAAGUGAAAACUUGUGUAACAGCUUGGCAGGUAAAACUGAAGGUACUGAAAUUGAAGGCAAGGAUGCACAGGGCCUCCAGCAUGGUCUUUGACAAUACUGUUUUGGCAUUGAUUGCUUUUGAUGGUGUGCAACAUUUCAAGUUCUCCAUGGUGCACUAUCCCCAAUCUAAUACAUUCCAUGGUACCACAAUGUUGCACAUUUUCAGUAAUUUCACUGGAUGCUUGUAAGGAAAUCUCUUGAGAAUUUCAUGCCAUGGCAAAAUCUGAAGUCUGAAGUCAAUGUAAAUAGUCCGGUGGCGAUUGUAUAAAUUGUUCAGCAGUCUUAUGGCUUGGGGGUAGAAGCUGUAGAGGAGGAGCCCUUUUGGUCCUGGACUUGGCGUUCCAGUACCGCUUGCCAUUCGGUAGCAGAGAAAUCAUCUGCUUUAAAGUGAAAGAAGUGUCAUUCAUAUGGUCUUACUUAGCCUGUGUGUUAUUUUUAUACAUAAGUAGUUGAAGAAGAGGAAGGAAGCCACUUUAGGCGAAGAAAGUGGGGAACCAAUAAAAUACUUUCGGACAUAACGAACUUCGCUCAGAUCCUACAACGUGUGUUAGUGUACCGUACCAUCUAAACAUAACAAGACGUGGUCAUCCUUCAACACAGUACUCCCCAGCCCUUCCAUCUGGCGUUGAUGUCUUCCCCCCUGCCCUCGUUUAGACUGAAUACUGGGGCUCAGAUGCCCCUCCUGGGCCUAGGAACAUACAGGCUGCAAGGUAAGCAAAUGCACCUGAGUGUUGACGCUGCACUCGGGGAAGGGUAUCGUGCCUUUGACACUGCUGCGGUGUACGGCAAUGAAGCAGACUUGGGCCAUGCCCUGUUGGACCUGAUGCCCAAACACAACCUGACCAGAGCAGACAUCUUUCUCAUCAGUAAGCUGUCCCCAGCGGACAUGGGCUCGAAGGCCAGAGAGGGCUGUGCUCGUAGCCUGGAGAGGCUGGGGCUAGGGGGAUACAUUGACUUGUACCUCAUCCACUGGCCUGGAACUGAGGGUCUGGAACCAGAAGAUGAGAGGAAUGCACAGCAUCGAGCCCACACCUGGACUGUCAUGGAGGAGCUCCAUGCCAAUGGGCUGCUCAGAGCAAUUGGGGUCUCAAACUACUCUCCAAGGCACCUGAUAGAGCUGCUGGAGACCUGCAGGGUGCGCCCUGCCGUGCUGCAGGUGGAGUUCCAUCCUAGACUGGCACAGAAGAAGCUGAGGGUCAUUUGCAGGGACUCGGGAGUCUGCUUCCAGGCGUAUUCAUCCCUGGGGAAAGGUGCCCUGUUGUCGGAACCAGAAGUUGUUGCUAUGGCGGAGGGGCAUGGCAGAACUGCCUCCCAGGUGCUCUUGAGGUGGGCCAUUCAGCAGGGUGUGGCUGUGUUACCCAGGUCCGCACAGCCCAAGAGGGUGAGAGAAAAUGGGCAGGUGUUUGACUUUGACCUGGAUGAAGGGGGAAUGGAGAGACUGUCUGACAUGGACAGUGGAAUAAGAUUCUGCAAAAGAGAUCCCACUAGUGUGGUCUAGAGGAGAGAGCCCCACAACAAUAUACUUGAUCAGUCAUAGAACAAUGUGUUAAAUGUAAUUCUGAACUACAAACGAACCUAUAAUGAAAUGUAACAUUUCAUUUACCAUAUUUAUGUUUAAGUCAUAGUUCCUUGAUUCUUGAACAAAUGUUAGGCCAAUCAGUUAGUUUAAAUAAAGACCUAUCCUAAUGCAUGUUAAAAUGCUUAAUAUGAAUUACUUCAACAAAGAUAUGCAAAAAACAAUAGCCACGUUUUAAUAAGCAAUGUUCAAACAUUUAAUCUGUUACGUAACAUAACAAAUAUUUACAAAUAGUUAUACAGUUGUUUUUUAUGAAAAAGAUAAAUAUAAAAAUGUUAAGCCACACGCAUUUUCAAGUAGAAUCAGUUUUAACUGAUGGCAGUGGACGACUCCUACUAUUGUUUAUACAUCAGAUUGCCAUAUACACUCAUAUUUCUUCAACUGAAUGCUUAACAGUAUUCCGAAUAUUUGCAUAUAAGGCAGUUGAGAUGGCUGCAUAUGGCCUGGAUUGUAAAUAUUUACAUACCGGUAUGCACACUAUACAAUU